UAUCUGUAAAUUGGCAAAGUAGGGGUAAACUAACAUUGCAGUUGAAACAGAAUGUAAUGGAGUUGGAUUCAGAGGUAGAAAAAAGGUUGGAACAGAAGAGAACGGAAAUUAAAAUGGAAGUGGAGGGAGCUGAGUUGGAACAGAUACGAAUGAAGCUGGGUUUACAAGAGUUGAGACACGUAGGAAGGGAGUUAACAGUGAACGAAAUGGAAUUGCGCUUGGAGGAAACGGAGUUGGAAAAGAAUAGAGUUGAGUGGGAGAAAAGGGGAAAGGAGUUGGAAAAGAAAAAAAUCGAGUUAGAACAAAGGAGAAAAAUGUGGGAGGCGAAGGCAAUGUGGUUGAAAGAGAAGAGAAUGGAGUGGGAUUCAGAGUUCGAAAAGUUGAGAAACAGGGAAGAUGAGUUGGAACUAAAGACAAAGCAUUUGAAAGUUACAAAGAGGCGAAUGAAAAGUGAGCAGUUAGAAUCAAACAUAUUCGUGGUGGAACCUAAGAGAAUGAAAGUGGGGUGGGAUGAAACUACGCCUGCUACUCGGACAGCAUCCAGUAGAUCCGUCGUGACACAAGAUAUUUUUGUAAUGGGUGGACGUGGAGAAGAUAGAAAAAUUCUUGGAUCUGUUGAGAAAUAUGUAUUUCAUGAUGGGAAAUGGGUUCUUCUGCCUGAAAUGAAUACUCCUCGUUCCUUCAUGUCAUCUGUUUUUGUUGGUAACGAAAUUGUUGUCAGUGGUGGUGAUACUGGACUUGAAGUAACCGACACCAUCGAAACUCUGAAUUUUGAUGAAACUCCUCCACAAUGGAUUACAUCUUCUGCAAAACUGCCAGUACCCUUGUCAGGUCAUCAGACGGUUGUUUAUCAAGGAAAGUUAAUUGCCAUUGGCGGACAUAAUGGUAGUGAAGGAUUUAAUUCCGAUAAGAUCUACGAGGUUUGUCUGACCCCACCUUAUUCCACUAAUAUUCUGUGCUUUAUGCCCCAACCAAGGGCGGGGCACGGGGCAGAGUUGAUCGGCGACGAAAUCUUUAUCUUUGGUGGGACAAAAAACGUUUUCGCGCCAAAUGACGACGUCUUGGUUUACAAUCUUGUUACGAGAGAGUUCAGAGUGAUGAAAAGUUUGCCUUACGCAGUGCACGGAAUGGCCACAGUUCGGCAGUCGGGUAUAGUGAUAUUGUUGGGGGGCAUUGAUCACAACGGAGAAGAGUUGGAUCGAGUUAUCACGUACAACAUUCAGUCCGGAGAAAUCAAUUCAUUACCAUCGAUGAAAGAAAAGAGAGGUAGUUGUUGUGCUGUGAGGAGUGUCAUGCCUGAUAGCAUUGCUGGUUGCUCAUCUGACGAAACUACCGAGGUCCUGGUGGCCUUGGGAAGUUUGCGAGAUAUCAAGACCACAGAAUAUUACGAUUUUCGAAGUAAAAGAUGGAAAGGCAUGCCUUCUUUGAUUUUCCCUCGCAAAUAUAGCACAAUGGUAGCGUCGCCAAGAGAAUUCAAUUUCGUGUAGUCAAGAUACCUUCUGCAAAUCAACUUGUUAUAGAACGACACAACUUGCAAAGAAAAUAAUUCCUUGUUAAAGUGUUAUUAAAUAGAACUGCCGUGUGCUUUGAAAAGCAGAAUUGGUGAAGAAUGAAAUUGAUUUUGAAUAAGGGAGACUGAAUGGACAAACAUUUUUAUCAUUGGACAUGAAUUUAGACGUAGAUAUUUCUCGUAGUCAUAGAAAAUGAUAACUUUCUGGUAAUGUAAUGCCAGCUUCAUUUCAAAAUUAAA